AUGGACAUCGAAAGCUGUGUCGAAUCACCAGAUGGACAUCUCGUCAACCUCUCGCCACGGAACCAACGCCAAUCAGGCCAACAAAAAUACCAAGCAUAUCGAGCAAACUACUCUGUCACAGAAUUAUCAGCAUCUCCCUCCUCACAGACCACCCAUCGACCCAGGCCAUCCGAGCUUGGAGAUUCCCGAAGCUCGCCCGACAACAUGUUCCACAGAUCGAAAGCAACCAAGCUUCCGGUGCCUAAGACCUUGAAUGAACGAGCUCGGGACCAGCGCAAUCAAACGCCAAGUCCUACCGGCAUAUCCAAGCCGUCCUCUACCACCUUCUCUUCUGGGGGAUCUGGUGGUCAUUCUGGGGGUCCAGAUCAGUACUGGUCUAAGCUUCGCGACAGAUUUGAAAAAGAUUCUCCCCUAUCACACAGAGCUUCUUAUGUGCGGUCAAGAGAGAGUGAUCAAAAUGGAUCUCCAAGUCACAGCCACCCUCGUCCUCACAACAGACAUUCCCGCGACGGCCAACCGAUCGGUCGUGAGGGUAGUCCUAGAUCAGGGAUUCCGAGUCCUCAUGCCAAUCAGGCCAGCGGCACCCAGAAAUCUCGUCGUGAAUCACCUCGCAAUUCUGAGAGCCAGAGAAAUUGGAGGAAGAACGGAGACUCUUGGGUCAGCCUAGAGCUCAACGACACUACUCCGCACAGAUCGGAUAGAACAGAUACCACCACCGACUCUAGCCCCCAUUCGAAUUCCUCAAUCUCUCCAGUAUCUGUCGAGGAGAGCCUGACAGACUGGGAGGACAGAUUCGUGGUAAACAUGCCGAGCGCAAAGGAUCCCAAUCCGCCGACGAUGACUGCGCAGGAAAUCGCUGAAUACCAGAAAAGCAUCGAGAAAGCACGUCGCGAGGGACGACGUACGAUAGACCCAAGCCUGAGGCGUAGUCCACGCAUUGGAUCGCCUGCGGCAGUACAACAGCGCUCGCCUCCAACAGAGGACUCGAUGGGUUCCUUCAGAGCCUAUGACGGUGGUGCAACACAGCCUCCAUCAGAUACAGACCAUCGGUCCGUCCAAUCACAACAAGAGCAACAGACCACACAAUCCCAACAGCCGCGAUCCCAGAAGCCACAGGAUUAUUACAGUCCUGAUGAAAUAGGACAAAGCCGGAUUAGCACAAUUUGGGAGGAGUCGCCCACGAAGCAGCGAGAACAAAAAACAUCAUCACAAGCGGCAGACGGUUCUUUUUUAGGCUGCAAGGAAAUCAACGGGCCAGGAACGAAGAACCCAGACGAGAUUCUCCUUUUCGGAUCUGGCGAAGACACCGCAAGCCUACAUCCUCGACCACUCGCGCUCAAUGGGAGGAAGAGGCAGAAGGGGGACAGCAAGAGCUCAGGUGGACACUCGGCCCAACGCAAAUCGGGAGACAGGAGUCUGUUUCAAGAAGAGUGCGCAGAGGUUUCUCGGAAUUCGAAGCAUGUCCCAUGCUCGAAGCGGUCGGUGGUGACACUGUGCCAGGACCCCCGUUAUUUAGGGGAGCACGAGAUACCGAGGAUAGGCUCUCAGGGUUCGGAGAAGGAGAACUCCCGCCCUAUCGAGAACGCAUCUCGGUCGAGGGAGAAAUUGGAGGAGACUCGUGGGGACGACGAUGUGUUCAUUAUCACACCCACUAUCACACGCACUAUGAUUCCCAUGGCGGAGAAGAAGCACCCCGAGAAGAAGUCUUCGACUCCAAAGGCACAAGGUCUGCGACGUCCUGGGGACACUGGCCAGUCCGGCUCCGGCGAGGCAGUGAAGGCCGUACGCGCGAUACCUCAGGUCGUCUCUACACCUUCAGGGCUUCGACCCGCUGCAGGACAGUUGCAGUCGAGCUCGACCGUGCCAUCCGCGGGGUCAUCAAGAACAACACCACCACCCAGCAGCAUUCCAACACCGAAAGAGGCUCCCAGUGCUACAAACGACAUGAAGGAGACGAGAGCCGCCAAAGAAAUGAAGUCAAGAGAGCCCAAGGAAAGCAAGUCCUCCAAAGGCACAUCCCCCGGGAGGUCGCCCCCAGGGAAGGAAAAGAACGACGUCGAGCGAAGCACAGCGUCAAGUUCUAUCCGUGGGUUCAUCCGUACCUCCGGGCUAGCAAGGUCAGGCGGGAUCGUGAGAUCUCCCACCGACAGCCUGGCUUCCAUCCUUCGAAACGGCACUGAGUCUCUGCGAAAUCGUGCUGAGUCUCUUCGCAACAGCCGUAAGGGCUCGCCCAUCUCUCUUCCUUCGCGAGACAACUCCGACUCGUCUCGCUCUGAUAAGUCUUUCAAAUCGGCUAGGGAUUCCCCGAGAUCGACACCGCCACCAUCCAUGUGGCCGUCUCCAAAGAGAGAGUCUCCGGCUUCGAAGUUGUCAUCUGUCGAAAGACCGCCUGCUGAGAGGAAACCUUCAUUUGAGAAGUCACCUCCAAGACAUUCUAUGGAGAAAGCAGCGCCAAUAGAGCAGCCAUCAGCUAUGGAGAAGUCCCCACCCUGGAAGCUGUCUCGUGCCGAGCGACUAGAGAAAUUCAAGGAAGAGGCCCGUGUCCGCCGGGCUAAUAUGAUAGCAAAUGAGAAAGGGGUCGACAUUGCAGGGAUCGCCGAGUUGGACGGUCACCAAGUUACUGGCCGUAAGAACAAACUCCAAUCCAAUAUCACAGACGUACACGAUGUCUGUGAAGAUUUGCAUGAGCUGAAUGCGAGAGAAAAGGACGACCAUUCGAAAGACAACCUCAACCCCAUCGCCUUAUCGAUGAUCUUCGAAAUUGUCGUUGUCGCUAUUACGAAUAUGCACACACUUGUUGUGCAGGUUACGGACAGCCCCUAUGCCAAAUUUGUCGCCAGCAACGUUUUCAGCAUGAUUCGUCAUUGCUACCGAGUCUCCAACCAGAUUAUUCAUGCUGCUGCACAGUAUCAGGCAACUGGUGUCUGGCCCAAGGCGAAGGACGACCAAGCAAUCAGCCGCUUCUUGGUGGAGCUCCUCCAGGCUGUUGUUUAUCUUGCCAUCCUUGGCUUCAGUACCCUCAUCGUUUACCGGGCCGCUAGCUACGCUCUUCUUGUUGCGAGUUGGUUCCUGUGGCUUGUGAGGCCAUUUGCUUGGGUAUUCAACUGUACAACCCGGGCUCUCAUCAUGUGA